AUGGGAUUGCUAGAGGUCGUUUAUUCAGCAUCUGGGAACAGGUGGUGCUUGAUGCACUGGAAGUGGAUGUUUAUUGGGUUCAUUGUUGUUCAACUCGUCAUCAAGCUCUGUUCUUUGAUCCUGGUCACCGUGGUCUUUGACAAUAGUCCAGAUUUUAUCGAUCUUAAGAAGCCGCUCGAUCAAGGCCUGAAUCACACACACAACUUCUACCUUCAGCCAGAAGAAGGCGUCAGGAUCGGAGUGUGGCACACAGUACCAGACCUCUUGUGGAAUGAGGCACAGGGGAAAGAAGGAAACUGGUACCAGAGCAAACUCAACUCCUCUCAUCCUGUCAUACUCUAUCUGCAUAGCAAUGGAGGGAAUAGAGGAUCUGACAUCCGAGUGAAGAUUUAUAAGGUCUUUAGUUCCUUAGGCUACCAUGUAGUAGCUGUUGAUUAUAGAGGAUGGGGGGAUUCAGAGGGAAGCUCUUCUGAGAGCGGGUUGACACAGGAUGCACUCUACCUCUAUGAGUGGCUGAAAAAGAGGAUGGACAACAACUCUCUCUACAUCUGGGGCCACUGUCUGGGAACUGGAGUGGCCACUAACUUAGCCAAGUAUCUGUGUGACAGAGGAACACCACCUGGCGCCGUUAUCCUGGAGGCUCCUUUUACCAACAUCAGAGAGGAGGCCAAGAGCUUUAUCUUCCCCACGGUAAGCACUUAUAAUGUCGCCGAUCUGCUAGUUUUCGACUGGUUCAUCAGGGCCAUCACUCCCAAUGACCUCCGAUUUCCCAGUGAUGAGAAUUUGAAUCAUAUCUCAUGUCCACUCCUAAUUCUUCAUGCUGAAGACGAUACUAUCGUCCCCAUUAAGUUUGGAGAAAAGCUGUACAACAUAGCAGCCCAGUCUAAGAGCCUGAAUGGACACAAGGUGUGUUUUUGUACCUUCAACAGGAUUCAGGGCUACAAUCAUAUAUACAUCCACAGGAGCCCACAGCUGCCUCACAUACUCGGGUAA